GGCAGUGAGCGCUGAACUGAGCUGCUCUGUCCAAAGCGACAAGUCUGCAGCCUCUAUGCAAGAGUGCAAGGGCACUUUCAAGUGAGCACAGCAGCUGCGGCAGUACAUCACAGGAGAGACAUUUCUCAGAGAACAGGAGGAAGGUCUUUUGUUCCAAGUUCUUCACAGCUCUGGUCUCAUGAAAAAAAACAAAAAAAACAAUAUAUAUCGUAUAUUUAUUUAUUUAAAAGUUUUCUGCAAGGUGACGUUAUGACGGCUUUGCAUUUCUUUCGGUUUCCGGAACUCAUGGAAUUGACAGCCCACUCUUGCUUUGGAUUCGAUAUUUGACCUGCAACUUUUAAAAGCAAUCCAAUACUCAAAUCAAAACCCAGUAAACGCGAUCAUGGCAUUGGGCAGUGCGCCGGUCACACCCCGGCAGGUGCUUGUUUGGGUUGUAAUAGCUCAUCAUUUCAUUUCUGUCACUGCUUGUGACGAAGCCUUCUACAGCCACGCCAUAGAGGAGUACUGUCUGAGCAAGUUUAAAUUUGAUAUGGACGCUCUUGGGCAGCGCUACUGGUGCGAAUGGGAGGACACAGUUGGGUCCUACGGUGAGCUCACCAACUGCACGUUUCUGAUAGCUGAGAAGCUGGAGUGCUACUGGCCCAACCGGCUGGUGGAUGAGUUCUUCAUCAGCAUCCACAAGCUCUACUUCAGAAACUGCUCACUGUCCGGCCGCUCCCUCAGCGAUCCCCCCAACAGCGUCCUGGGUCCUUUCAUCGUGGUGCCCGUUCUGGUCACGCUGCUCGUGACCGCACUGGUGGUGUGGCGCAGCAAACACAGCGAAGGGAUCAUAUAAGCACCCAACCCCCCCCUCCCAGCCCACCCAUUGACCCAUCGACUUCAGAACUACCAGAACAGACACUAGAUUCAACAGCUUGACAAGUGUGAGCCACAGAAGACACCUCCAGCUAGGGAGGAGGGAAGUGUGGGCAACCAUUUCUUAACCAAAUGGUGCCCACUCAACCCUACCACCAGCAGCAGCAGACACAUUGACAGUGCCAUGCUAGAUUUGGGUGCAAAGGUUGCAAAGACUGAAAAAAAAAGAAUUAUGGAUUGAUGUGUUUUUUUUUUUUUUUAAUACAAACUUGUAUGAUGAUAUUAUAGGAACACCAGAGCUCUGCAGCAGCCCACUGUGGACCUAAUUAUGACGACAAGCCUUUCUGUACCAGGAGGUGGUGGCCCGUAUUGUUACAUGGAUAAUAAACUCAGCAGCUGGGUGUUUGAAUGAGUGACUAACGAGGACAAUAUUCAGGGUCCUAGCAACUGCGGCUGAUGAACACAGCAAACAGCGGACUACCUGGUCGGGUUCUGUUUUAAAGGACAAGCUGCAGUGAGGUGCUGCCUGAGUCUCCAUAAAUGCUGGAUAAAUAUAACAAAAAACUGAACUGUAAUCAGAAUUUCUAAAUUAAAAUAUUUGAAAAUUCACUUCAGUUAUUUCUGCUAUGCCAA